GGCGCGCCAGGCUGGGCGCUGGCGGCGAGGGGGUUACGCGCCUCGGCUCGGCUCGGCUCGGCUCGGCGGAGGAAGGCUGAGCUCUGCGGCCGCCGGGGCCCUGCAGCGAGCCCGGUCGGCCCCGCGCCGCGCCCCGCCCACCCCACCCCGCGGAGGGCGCGCCCGGGCGAGGCGGGGCGGGGAGGAAAAGGCGCCAGCAAAGAGUAGCAUCCGCUACCAUCGCGGGAGGGAGAUCGAGAGCCCCCCUUGAGCCCCAGCCCACCGGCGCCAGGGCUCCUCUACCCUUAGGCCACCUUUCGCCCGCCUCCUGUCGCGAGCCAAGGCCGGCACCCCGCCCGGAGAUGGGCAGACGCGCGGAUGGCGUGGCUCCCAGCGCCGCCAGAUCGCAGGAGCCCGGCGCUGGGGCGCUGCGCUGAAGCUCCCGAUCGGCGCAGCCUGGGAAGCCUGCAGGUGUCCUUGGCCGCUCGGCCACCGGAGCCCAGAAACCCGCGCCCCGGAGCGGCUCCGCCCCCCAGGCUCGGCGCUGCGCAGGACGCCCCGUCUGAGGCCCCCCCCGCCCCAACACGGCCCCCGCUGCGCAGCGCCAGCCCAGCGCCGCUCCCAGCCGCUGCCGAGCGGCGGACGCAGGACCGGAGGCUCGCUCCUGCGGGCGCGCUUGUUUUCCUGCGGCCGCCUCGCCCUGCGCAGCCCCCGCCUGCCUAAACGCCGCGCUCCGCUCAGCCCCGCCCGCCUUCGGAGCCCUGCGCUGGAUUUAUGAAUGGGGGGAAGAGGCCACAUGCCGCCGCCGCCGCCGCGUGUUGACCGCAAGCACCCCGGGCCCGCGGAGCUCCGGCUGCCGUGAGAGCGUCGGCCCGGUCCGGGCAGCCGCUCCGAGAACUUGUUGCUGCUGCGCUGCCGCCGCCGCGGGGAAGCCGGCGGCUCCCGGGACUCGGCACGGUCUGGGAGAGCCGGAGGGUGGCCCGUGUGAGUGUGAGCGCGCCGUGCGCGCUCCCCGGACCCUCGCAGUGCGCCUGGACUGUGCGCUAACUCGCCUUCUGGGGGUGAAGGGGGGGCGUGUCCAGAGCCCUAGCGUCUGAGUGUCCAGUCCUAGCAGGGGAGGUGUGUAUUUGCCCCUGCCUCCCUGGGCCCCUCGCCCGGGUCCUACGCUAGCCUUUUUCUUCCCUGCCUCCUUGCCGAAGCUGCCUGCCCAAACCCCAACCACCUGUGCACCCGAGAAACCCAACUCCUCCUGCUCGGCGCCCCGGGGGGGAGGCAGGGGCAGGGCCAAGCCGCAGAGGGGGCCGCCGCCGCCUCCUGCCUCCUCCUCGCCUCCUCCCCCUCCCCCGUCUGACGCUGCCUCCUCGGGAAGGGUGUUUAGAGGGCAGCGGCCGCCCCAAGCCGAAGCCCCGCAGCGCUUCUUAUGAUCAGCUCGGUGUGUGUCUCCUCCUACCGUGGGCGCAAGUCGGGGAACAAGCCUCCGUCCAAAACAUGUCUGAAGGAGGAGAUGGCCAAGGGCGAGGCGUCGGAGAAGAUCAUCAUCAACGUGGGCGGCACGCGACAUGAGACCUACCGCAGCACCCUGCGCACCCUACCGGGCACCCGCCUCGCCUGGCUGGCCGAUCCCGACGGCGGGGGCCGGCCCGAGUCUGAUGGCGGCGGUGCGGGCAGCAGCGGCAGCAGCGGCGGCGGGAGCUGCGAGUUCUUCUUCGACCGGCACCCGGGCGUCUUUGCUUACGUGCUCAACUACUACCGCACCGGCAAGCUGCACUGCCCCGCCGACGUGUGCGGGCCGCUUUUCGAGGAGGAGCUCACCUUCUGGGGCAUCGACGAGACCGAUGUGGAGCCCUGCUGCUGGAUGACCUACCGCCAGCACCGCGACGCCGAGGAGGCGCUCGAUAUCUUCGAGAGCCCGGACGGAGGCGGCGGUGGCGCGGGGACGGGCGACGAGGCCGGCGACGAGGAGCGCGAGCUGGCCCUGCAGCGCCUGGGGCCCCACGAGGGAGGUGCGGGCCCCGGCGCCGGGUCCGGGGGCUGCCGUGGCUGGCAGCCCCGCAUGUGGGCGCUCUUCGAGGAUCCCUACUCCUCCCGGGCGGCCAGGGUGGUGGCCUUCGCCUCUCUCUUCUUCAUCUUGGUCUCCAUCACCACCUUCUGCCUGGAGACCCACGAGGCCUUUAACAUCGACCGCAACGUGACCGAGAUCCACCGGGUAGGGAACACCACCAGCGUGCACUUUCGGCGGGAGGUGGAGACAGAGCCCAUCCUGACGUACAUCGAGGGGGUGUGCGUGCUGUGGUUCACGCUGGAGUUCCUGGUGCGCAUCGUGUGCUGCCCGGACACGCUGGACUUCGUCAAGAACCUGCUAAACAUCAUCGACUUCGUGGCCAUCCUGCCCUUCUACCUGGAGGUGGGGCUGAGCGGCCUGUCCUCCAAGGCAGCCCGAGACGUGCUGGGCUUCCUGCGCGUCGUGCGCUUCGUGCGUAUCUUGCGCAUCUUCAAGCUCACGCGCCACUUCGUGGGCCUGCGCGUGCUAGGCCACACCCUGCGCGCCAGCACCAACGAGUUCCUGCUGCUCAUCAUCUUCCUGGCGCUGGGGGUGCUCAUCUUCGCCACCAUGAUCUACUAUGCCGAGCGCAUUGGCGCCAGGCCCUCCGACCCACGGGGCAAUGACCACACCGACUUCAAGAACAUCCCCAUCGGCUUCUGGUGGGCUGUGGUCACCAUGACGACGCUGGGCUAUGGGGACAUGUACCCCAAGACCUGGUCAGGCAUGCUGGUGGGGGCGCUGUGUGCACUGGCUGGUGUACUCACCAUCGCCAUGCCUGUGCCGGUCAUUGUCAACAACUUCGGCAUGUACUACUCCCUGGCCAUGGCCAAGCAGAAGCUGCCUAAGAAAAGAAAGAAGCAUGUGCCCCGGCCGCCCCAUCUUGAGUCACCCAUCUACUGCAAGUCUGAGGAGACUUCGCCCCGGGACAGCACCUACAGUGACACCAGUCCCCCUGCCCCAGAAGAGGGUAUGGUUGAGAGGAAACGGGCAGACUCCAAGCAGAACGGUGAUGCCAAUGCGGUGCUGUCAGAUGAGGAGGGAGCUGGCCUCACCCAGCCCCUGGCCUCUGCCCCCACCCCUGAGGAGCGCCGGGCCCUGCGACGCUCUGGCCCCCGAGACAAAAACAAGAAGGCAGCCGCCUGCUUCCUGCUCAGCGCCGGGGACUAUGCCUGUGCUGAUGGUAGUGUCCGGAAAGGCUGUGCAAAAUCCCGGAGUCUAAACAGCAUAGCAGGAGCAGCUGGAACCAGUCUGGGGCUGUCUCCACUGGCAUCGAGAUACAGCUCACCCUAUCCUCCGAGAAAGCUCCUACUCUCCCACCCCUUCCACCCUCUCACCAGCCCUCCACCCGGGCACCCGGGCCCUUAGCUGUGCCCCCGGCUCUCCCCACCUCUGGGCACACGCCAUGCUCACAUGCCCUCCAGCCCUCAUUUUUCCGUAGGCCCAAGGGAGCCGGGCAGGAGGCAGGAGAACCCAGACCCCCAAGCCUCUCCCCGACAGCACCCAACUCCCCAGAACAUUCGGCUCUGGAGCCUGAGAGCAAGGGGGAGAUUAUUCCCAGGGCUCCUCCCGCACUGGUGCCCGGCCUGCGCCGGAGCUGCUGGCAUUACCCACCACUGCCCCCUGGGACUUGUGCCUCUGAGCCUUGCCUCCCCUCAAGGUCCCACCUUCAUCCCAGGGAAUGCAUUUCCACUCCUCGUGGCCUUCAGUCGGUAACCAGCCUACGACUGACUAUCUCUGUCUGUCUGUCUGUCCAUCCCACUCCCAGACCAGCAAAGAAUAAGGCUGUCCCACAGGUGCCCCAUCUCUGCUGGUGCACAGGGAGCUGGCUGGUCAGGGGAGCGGUGGCCCCCUGGGAGAGGAGGCCUGAUGCUCUCCAGCUCUGGCCUGGCAUGCAGGUGGGGUCCCUAGGGCCCCACAAUUGGCUGGCUGCCGGGGCAUGGGAAUGCCCUCCUCCCGGGAGUGACACCCUGUGGCGGCAGAACCUGGCAUCCCAUCUGCCCCAUCUGCACCCCAGCAGCCAGAUCUCUCCUGCGCUGCUCUCUCUGCUUCCACGAGUUUUUCUUCCCUCCUCCUCCUGCUGCCUCAGACUCCCAGCCCUGCCUGAGUCACCUGCCGCUCCCACCCAGCCUCUGCGCUCUGGAUGGCUGCCAGAGCCAGAGACUCAUCUAAUUUCUAUAAUUAAGUGUAUUCAUUUACCUAACGAGCCCGGGAGCACAACAGGUGUGUGAGUCAUUGAGGGAGAAGGGGUGCGCUCUGGGCAGGGGCAGCUGAGGGGAAGUGUGGGGACAGAAGCCAACCCACCCCCUCCUGCUCCUACAUAAGCAUCCUGUCACUCCCAGGCAGGGCGGGGCUGGGCUGCAGGGGGCCCCUCUCUAGCAGUGAACUGGGGGAGGCUCUCCAGGCCCCCUCUGUCCCAGGACCCGAGAAGGCCUCAGCCAAGACAUUCCUGUUUUACCUGAUGGGAAUUAGACCUGACAGCGGAGCCUCGCAAUUUUUAGAGUCAGAUUACGCAGCUUUGGAGAGGGAAUGACUAAGGUCCAUAACUGCUCCUUCCAGGGUGGGCAAAGGUAAGAAUGGCAAGACAGCCUUCAAGGGACUCAGCAGGAGGCUGGGGAGUGUGGAGGUGCCCCUGAAAGGUGAACUGGGCAGAAAGUCCAGAUCAUUUCAUGAAAGUUGGAUAUUGUGAAAAGGCUCUGCCAGGACCACCCCCCUUUCAGUGCCCUCUGUCUUCUUCAGCCUGGGGCAGACACAGGAAUGUGCCUUCCAGAAAAGUCUGCAGCGGGUCCUGGGGAUACCCCAACCCUGCUGCGGUCCAUGGGCCUGUCUCUGGCUUGCUCUCAGAAUGAGAUGUCCCCCCAAGAGGUGAGAAAAUAUGGGGGCAUCCAUGUGACCACCCUUCAAGAGGGGACAGGCCCCUUCAAGUGACAGGGGCAGGGAAGCCAUGUGGAGCAGGAUGGAGACUCUAGGAGCCCUAUCAAAGCUGGGGCUGAGAGCCCAACUGCUUCUCCUAGGUGAGGACAGAUUCAGUCCUGUCUCAGCAGGGGUCCCUGGCCCUGGGGUCCCGGCCCCAGCAGGGAUGUGGUGUCCAGCUCAGCGGGAGCCCCACAGCGCUUCUGUGCUUGGGCCUGCUUUCCUGGCUCAGGGAGCUGAGGCGGCUAUUUCUGAAACGGCCCUCAAGUUGUCAGGAGUCCAAGUUUCCACGGCACCCACCUCUUUCCCUCUCUUCCCUCCCACAGGGACGGGCAUGCUCAUGGCACCCCUCUGGUGGGUACAGCUGUCCCUGGGCAACAUGAUAUGGGAGUGCUGGGUUGGAGCCCCUCUACCUUUGGGAGAUGGGCUCCUGCCUGUCCCCACACUGGUUCUCUGGCUUCUGGUGGGGAAACACAGGACCUAGCUAAUGACGGCGGAGUAGGCCAUCUGCCACAGCAACCUCUCAGGACCUCUGGGCCCUGGGAAGGGGCGAAGUGAGUCCUCGAUUUAUAGAGACCCACUGUAUACCGGGCCCUGCCUAGGGAGGUGGCUGCUUGCCCAGGCCUCAACUUAUCCAGACCUGGGGCCUCACUCCUCAGGGAAAGACUCUCUCCUCUGCCUAUAAUCUGAGAGCACAGUUUGCUUUGUGUUGCAUGAGGACUUGGACCUGUAACCAUUACUUUGUCUCUGAGAAGCUUUUCCCCCAAAGCUGGGGCCCAUGCUGUCCUGGCAGAGCAGGGAAGCAGCCCAGAUAGGAGCUUUUAACCUUACUAACAACCUUAGAGGCAUUUCUCAACUCUGGGCAUUGAGGAGGAGCUCUUCCCCUGGGCUGUGAGCUGAAGCCAGGGUUGUGGGGGUGGGAGGAGUCCAUUCAGCAUAGAAGCAGGAGUCAGAGGGGAGACGGAAUACCAGCCCGAGGGCUGGGACUCCAGGAGUCACCUGUUGGCCCCUGGGCUGCCCUUCCCAGAGUCCCCUGGGAGAGGGGGGCCUCCUCUGCCCUGGCCAGAGUAUCACCCCGAAAUCCCUGCCCCUUUGGCAGCCUUCUUGCCUGCCCUUCCUGUGUCAGUGCUGGGAAGGUAAAAGAAGGGAAGGCCCACGCCACUGACACUCCAGGCUGAGGAGGGGAUGGCAAGAAGGGCUCACUGUGCUUUGGGUUUCUCAAUAAGAUGCUUUUUUCUGGCUUUGUCUCCUGAGAUGGACACAUGGGUCCUCCCUGACCUUCCCCUUUGGUAUCUACCUUCCAGCUGCUCCAACUCUGUUCCUGCCAGAUUGAGGAAGAGGGGCUGGGCACCACAAGGCAGCACACUUAGGGACCUUCUUCACUAGCCCCCCGGGACAGUGGAAUGGCUCCAGCUGGUGAUGGCGGGUGGAGCUCUGUGGGGGUUCAGGAGCUGUGUGGGAGCCCAGGUUGGACCACAGGCCAUGCUAGGAACCUCCCCCCAGUGCCUCCAUGCCAGGCUGCAGGGCUGUGGUCCUCCUGCCCACCACACUGGAGUUGUGACGACCUGAGGGCUGGGGAUUCCUGGAGCUCAUUACCUGAGUACAUAUGGAGAUUAGCUGUAACAUGACCUAGGAGUCACUUGGCCUAGCUCCGGGUAGGCAGCUAUGGGUAGGCAGCUAUGGGCGGCCGGAGGGGCUCACCCCAUUCCCUGACCCAUCCCUGUGCUUCCCGCCUCUUCGCCCUGGGUCCCCUUGCCUUCCAGCUCUGCUCCUGGCCUAGUCCUUAGCCCACAGGCUGUGGGUCAGCAGCUGGCUUCCUUCUAACAUCUCAUUCUUUGUUUCUCCCUUUCUUUUGCUGAACUCCUUGCCC